AUGCGAGCAUAUAAUCAAACAAUUCGAGUGUUGAAGAAAUUAGGAAAAAAAUUAGGAAUGAAAUAUCCCACAAUGGAAGAUGCUAAAUGGACAUUCUGGGGAUCAAUCUUUUAUUCACUUACUGUUUAUACAACUAUUGGUUACGGAAAUAUUUAUCCGGUAACGACACUUGGACGUAUGUUAACGUUAAUUUACGCAUUCGUUGGUAUACCGCUAACAUUAUUAUCACUAAUCGCAUUAGGUGGCUUAUUUGCACGAGUUUGCAAAAUGUUAUGGCUUAUCGUAGCUAAAACAUUAGCUCGAUCAUCGCGUUUUGUCUCGAAAGAUCUCGAGAAACAUAUCGAAGAGAAAAUGACAUUAUCAGAAAUUGUUUUGGAUGAAAAUGAAGAAUUGCUGAAUUUCCCGGUGGGCGGUUUAAUUAUAAUAACAAUUGUUUGGGCAUUCAUUUGCGCUGGUUUAUUUCUCAUUUUCGAAAAUGAUUGGUCUUAUGGUACGUCACUUUAUUUCACAUUAAUAUCAUUUACAACUAUUGGAUUUGGUGACAUUUUACCAAGUCAACCAGAUUACAUUGCUCAUAUUGCUAUAUGUUUACUAAUUGGCCUUGCAUUAGUGUCAACUGUCAUCAAUGUCAUCCAACAACAAAUUGAAGCAUUAGCUAUUGGAAUGGAUAAAAAUAUCGACAAUGAAUAUAAAAAUGCAUUGAAAAACUUGAAUGCAAUGAUGAACAAUUCGAAUAUCACGUUGAUAAUGAUGAUAUUGAUAAUGAUAAUGAUAAUAAUGAUAGCAAAAAUGAUAUUACCAGUCAGGAGCUACUAA